AUGAGGAUCUGUUCCGUCAAUUUUUGUGCAAAAAAAUAAUCUCUCCCAGCCCAUUUAAUACACUCAAGUCGUUGUAGCAGAGACCAUCGACCCCAACAGCCGCACGUUGUCUGCCUGCCUCAGGCCGCCGACGAAUAGCAGGCCACCACGAACCGACGAGGCUCCACCCUGCAAACCCGGAUUUUGACGAGCCGCCGUGAUCACACAUACUGCGCAUCCUAAUCCCAUUUGACCAUCCUAACCACCGUCCACCUUCCCUCACACCUCUCGGGACGACUCUACAGACGCUCUCAUCUCUCUGGAGACGUCCGCACGGAUCAUGUUGCCCUCAUCGGUGCGCCGCGUCGUGGCCACCACGGCACCCCAAGCCGGUGGCCUCGCCUCCUCUCUGGCGUGCACCGCGCCCAAGGCAGCCGCCGCCUCGGCCGCGACGACAGCGACGCCCUUCUUCCGCGGGCACCAGCGACGCUGCUCCUCAUCGAAACCUUCGAGCUCGAACAACGGAUCGAGCCCUGUGCCCCCCGCGACGGCCGACGAGGCGGUCCAGGCGCGAGGACACGGCAAGACCGCCGGUGAGAAGAGGAAACGCAAGUCGGCGCAGCGUGCCAUGAAGCAGCUGCCGAGCGUGCCCAGCACGCACCACAUGGCAGGCGAAGCCCUUGGCCUGUCCAGCUUCUUCUCCCUCCACCGACCCAUCUCCAUCACGCAGACCAUGCCCCGAUCCAUCACCGACGAGCAGUUUGCGGCCAUCUUCGCGUCGCGAUCCAAGGCGUCCAAGAUGAGCGAUGCCAUGGCCACCCUCUCGAGCACCAUCGACCAGCUCGAGGGCCCCAUGGGCUCCAUGUCCAUCGGCCAGGACCCCCAGCCACAGGACCACAUGCAGAGCAUGCAGGUCCGCAACGCCGACGGCUCCGAGUCCAGCAUCUACGUGCAAGUCGACCACAUGUCGGGUGACUUCCUCCCCUUCCGCCCACCACCGCUGCCGCAACCGCAGCCCAACCUCGAGGCCGACACGGCCGCCGCGGCCGAAGCUGAGGCCGCCGACGCCGACGCCGCUCACCACCGCUCCUACAAGGCCAUGUUCACCAUUGAGGAGAACACCGAGGCCAACGGCGAGAUCCGCAUCGUGGCGCACAGCCCGCAGAUCCUCAACGGCGACGAGCAACCGUCGCAGCAGCCGCGCAGCUUCGUCCAGCGCCUCGCCCAGCGCCAGCUCAAGUUCGAGGACGCCCAGAGCACCAGUGGCCGCGACAUGUACGGCCUCAGCGUGCUGCGCCGUCGCCGGCUGAGGAUGAAGAAGAAGAAGUACAAGAAGCUCAUGAAGCGGACGCGCAACGAGCGUCGCAAGCUGGACAGGAAUUAGAACACAGAGGGCGGUCGCAGGUAUAUAUCCUUGGGGUCUUGCAGAUGACGGUGUUUGUUUGGCAUGGCUUUAUUUGGCAUGGCAGCUACUUAGUUUCCCUCUGCACUGUUCCGAGUUUUUUUUCCCACAGUCAGUCAUGAUAGAAGUCUGGUGCAGCUAGCAAUCAUCGUUGUGGCAUGUCGACAGACCUGAACUGCGAGAAGUGUACUUGUAUUUGUAGCAGAUGUAGGAUAGGGGCGGAUAAUGACACAACGUGGUCAAGGAGUGCUCGCUUUUCUUCUGUGGU